GGAGUUAUGGAGGUAUGGUGGUCGUUGGCAAGCCUGACGGACUGUCCUGACCGUGGUUUCAGCCACGAUAGCAUGCGACGUCUACACGCACCUUCCAACCGAGACGUUUUCUGCGAUCGUCUGGGUAGCUGGCGUGCCCUAUGUAGGACCGGUCUUCAACAAGGUUGCCAGGCAGGAGGCGCGCGGGUACCUGCCAGGACACAUGAAUACGAGCGAUGUGGUUCUGUACCGUCAAUCGAAGGUCGACUUCGGCGACCUGAUAUUCCACGACCCGGACGGCAUGGACUUCAACCUGAAGAUGUCGUCGCUUGGCCAAGCGUUCCUCCUGUCGCCGCAGGUGACUCAGAACCUCCUCACACGCACGCAGGAUCCCACCAAGCUCUACGAAGCGGGCGAGAAGGGCUUGCCUUUGUUGGCGAUGAGCGGGUCUAAAGACAAACUUGUCGACGGUAGUAUCGUGGUAGCCGAGGCGAAGAGCACUUCCAGAACAUGGAUGUGUAUACCGUCGAGGGCGGUAGCCACACACCGUGGAUCGAGCAUAAGGACGAGAUUGUUACGGAGCUGUUGAAGUUUGUCCGCAAAGUCACGGUGGACACCGGCGCGCAACUUGUCGCAGGAGAAGACGCAGAGGUGUCUGAAGGAGAGGCUAACGCAGUUCGAAACAAGAUCGACUGGCAUAUACUGCCUCUGAUGUGUACGCUGUAUUGGAUCCAAUUCAUGGAUAAGACCACCCUCGGUAGUGCAGCAAUUCUAGGAAUCAGGGAGGCUACUCACCUGACGACAAACCAGCUUGGAACAAUAUUCUAUGUCAGCUAUCUCAUUUUCGAGUACCCACAGAACCUCGCUCUGCAACGAUUUCCUGUGGGUAGAUGGAUGAGUUUGAACAUCUUCGUGUGGGGGCUUGCGUUGCUAGGACACGCCGCGUGCAAGAACUUCACGGGCCUCUUCAUCGUUCGCUUCAUUCUUGGCAUGUGCGAAGGAUCUAUUACCGCCGGCUUCAUGAUCGUCAGUUCCAUGUUCUAUACCCGUAAUGAACAAACGUUGCGCGUCGGGUACUGGUUUCUCAUGAAUGGUACAGCACAAAUCAUUUCGGGCUUCAUCAGCUUCGGAACUUUACAUAUCAAGACCGAGGGGUUCGAACCAUGGCAAUGGUUAUACUUCCCGGACUCGCCGACUACCGCUUGGUUCCUCACACGGGAAGAACGUAUCAUAGCUAUCCGACGUCUCAAGGAGAAUCAAACUGGUGUCGAGAACAAACACUUCAAAAUUGAGCAAGUCCAUGAAGCCCUGCGCGAUCCGAAGACCUGGCUCUUCGCGCUCUUCUCCGCGCUGAAUAACGUCCCCAACAGCCUCACCAACCAAGGUCAGAUCAUCGUCGCCUCGUUCGGGUUCACGUACUUGCAGACGACCCUUCUCGGGUGCGUCGACGGCGUCAUCGAGAUUGCCACCAUCUGGACGGGGGUGCACCUCGCCGCUCGGCUGAAGGACGGACGCGCGUAUGUCGGCGCGAUGUAUUUCAUACCCAACAUUAUUGGCGUGCUCCUCAUCAACGUCCUGCCGUGGAGCAAUCGGAUAGGGCUCCUGUGCGCACAGUGGUUGACAGGUGUGGGAACAACCGGUUUCGUUCUGUCCUUGUCAUGGCUCUCGAACGUAACUGCGGGCCACACCAAACGAGUAACAGUCAACGCCAUCAUGUUGAUUGCGUACUGCAUUGGGAACGCUCUGGGGCCAUUCAUGUGGCAAGAGAAGAACCAUGUACCAUGGACUAUCAUCGGCCUCUGCUACGUGGCAUGCCCUGCGCUUAUGCUACUCAUACGGCGUGUGCUGGCCUCCGAGAACAACCGACGUGAUUUAGAGCCGCCGGACGACACGUACAACGACGCGUAUAUUGAUGGCGUCGACGCGAGCGGAAAACGUGUCCGCAAGAAGAUAGAUAAGGCGCUGUUCGAAAACUCGGACUGA